AUGAAUGGCCUGAAUUGGCCCAAACCCAACUUGAAUCGCGAAAAUUGGAGCUUGAAGAUUUUGAAUCAAGAUCCAAAAAAUUCAAUUCAUUUGAUUCAUCCUUCAUUCAAAAUCUUCAAAAAAUUCACCUUCGUCUAUCACCCCUAUCGAUCCAUCGCCAUCGACGACGAGCGACUGAGCCAACUGCCCGAGGACGGCAAUGUGGUGGACACCAUCCCCCAAAGUCAGGUGGAGGCUGCUGAUGUGGGACCGGAGGAAGAUCAGGAGGCAGAGCCUGACCUAGAGGAUGCGGCUGCGGUGCCUGACCUGUUGGCCAAGGACACGGAGCUCGAUGCUCUGCGGUCUAUUCUCGCCUCUCAUGCCCUGCUCUCCUUGGCAUUCCCCUGCCUCUUUCCAGACGGCAGAGCCGACUUUGUGGAGCCUCGCUUGCGGUCCAUUGAGUACAAGGAUUACAUCGAGCACGCGAUGCGGUGGCACGACGGCCGUUUUGCGCGGCACCCGACCUUCCGUUUUGUCGCAUUCAACACCCUGAUGCGGUCCCAAGCACGUGCGCGGUCGAAAUUCUUUGUGAAGCAACAUGAUGGCACUCGCGAACCGCUCACGCGAGAGCAGCUUCUUCAGGCACUCGAACACAGCGAGGAUCCCGAGGCGCAGGCCCUGAUUAACUCGAUCACAAGAAAGAGGCAGGACCUCGAGGCGUAUGCCUAUGUCCUGGGCUGUCCUGGCGCAUUUAUCACAUUUAGCCCGGCCGAUUUGCACUGGCGGAGCCUCUACCAACACAUGCCCCGAUAUGGGGAAUGGCUGCGAGCGUCCGAGCCGGAAAGGAUGGCAUUGUCGCGGUACUUAUUGCGGCAGAAUCCUCACAUUGCUGCUUUCCACUUUCACCGCCGAUACUGUCUCUUUCGGGAUGUCGUGUUGAGAACGAAGUUUAACGUGACGGAUUACUGGGAUCGGUAUGAAUGGCAAGGGCGUGGGAGUCCACACAACCACGGCCUGUACUGGAUGGAGAAUGGCCCGGUAGCCGACAUGGGGGACGAAGCCGCUCGAGACCUUUUUGCACGCACGUGGGGGUUCCACAUCACUGCCAUUAACCCGGAGCCGAGCAGGACAAUGCCCCAGGGUGAAGGGAAUCCCCUGAGUGUGGAUCCGCUGGGCGUAGAGAUGACAUUCCUGCGGCUUUCGCAAAUCGUCAACCGCUGCCAGCGCCACAGAUGCAAUACCGCUUACUGCUUGCGCGUCCGAAAGAGAAGUGGGGACCUGGCGAACGAUAUGGAAGGGGCUGCAGCCGAUAUCGAGGCGGCCAAUGUCGCCGAUCCGGAGAGGGAGUGUCGUUUCAACUUCCCCCGUGCCUUGCGGGAGCUAGCCGCAGUCAUCAGGAAAGAAGGCAAGUCCUAUUACAUCUUCGAGGCAGCCCGCAACGACAGCCUCAUGAACCACUUCAAUCCUGCCAUCAUUCUGGGCUGGCUGGCCAAUAUCGACAUAUCGCCCUGCACCAGCUUAUCGGUGGUGCCCGCAAUUGCGUCGUAA